UGAAGUAUCUGCCGGUGGUAUUACGAUCUCAGUGUUGAUAUUAGUGUUUAUUCGGUGCCAUUUCGUCGCGGCGACUGGACGUCCACUCGCGUGGUCACUUCCCAUAUAAACACAACCUUAUAAAUAAUAAUAAUAAAAUAUUCCGAACUAAGUCACUUACUAUGAAGUACUCGCAGCUCGGCACCACCGAGUUAAAGGUGUCGCACAUUGCUGUCGGUGGUGCUGCAUUUAGCAAUAUUUACGGAAAAUACGACGAAAGCCGUGGAAUAGAACUGGUGAAGGAAACCCUGAAACGUGGCAUCAACUACCUGGAGACAGGACCCUGGUACGGCCAAGGCAGUUCAGAGAGGACUAUUGGAAAAGCUCUCAAAGACGUGCCCAGGAACAGUUUUUACAUCGGAAGUAAAGUAGGCCGGUAUGAGAAAGAAACACACAGAAUGUUUGACUUCUCAGCGGAGAAGACGGAGGCUGGAGUGAGCAGCACCCUCGAGCGACUGGGGCUCGAGUACGUGGACUUGAUACAGGUCCACGACGCUACGUUCGCGCCGGACCUGUCCGUCGUUCUGAAGGAGACCUUGCCGACCCUGGCGCGAGUGGUGUCCGAGGGCCGCGCGAGGUACAUCGGCCUCGCCGACUACGACCUGGACCUCAUGCAGGAGAUCGUCGAGGAGUCCCACGUCAAGAUCUCCACCAUCUCAUCUUACGCCAAGUCCACGUUAUUCGACAACCGUCUUCAGAACUACAUCGGAUACUUUAAGAGUAAGGGUGUGGGUGUGAUCAACGCGGCGGCCACCGGCAUGGGCCUGCUGUGUAACUCGGGGCCGCAGCCCUGGCACCCCGCCAGCGACGACAUCAAGGCCCUCUGUAGGAGCGCCUCCGAGUACUGUCGGUCACAAAACGUUGAGCUGGCUCGCCUGGCGACCUGGUUCACUCUGAACCAGCCGGGUAUAGACACCAACAUCUGCGGCUUCUUCAACCUGGAACAGUUGAACGACACCGUGGACGUCCUCGAGCAGGGGCUCACGGAUCAUGAGAGAAGAGUCUUGGAAGAGUUACAGCUAAGGUACUUCGAUAAAGUCACUCUUCACUGGGAUAACGUUGAGCUGCCUGUUUAUAAAUCUAGAAUGGAGAAACUGCAGACGCCAUGAGGGGAAUCAUAGUAACCUAUACCAAUAAGAAUUGACUUCGUCCUGUAUAACCGCACAUGUUAUUUGGUUUAAAUUAAACAAAAGUAACUUUUUUAAA